GCUCUCCCCCCUCGUUCUGCUCACUCCUGGUGUCAGCCUAUCCGCCUUCCGAAACCUCCCAUUCCCCCGGUGUAGGCCCCCCCUUCACUUUCCUUCUCGUCCUCUGUGUUUCUCCUCUCUUCUUUCUUCCCUUCCCCCUCUAGCAUUACCACCUCUCCUACACGCACGCAGGCAUAUAAACGUAGGUUUUUGAUGCUCCUCUGCCUGUUGACCCCGCUAUUUUCAUGUUUCCAACAGGUUUUUCUUCCCCCAAUCCUUCAGCUGCUGCUGCUGCUCAGGAGGUCAGAUCUGCCACUGAUGGUAAUACCAGCACCACUCCGCCCACCUCUGCAAAGAAGAGAAAGUUAAACAGUAGCAGCAGUAGCAGCAGCAGUAACAGUAGUAACGAGAGAGAAGAUUUUGAUUCCAUCUCUUCCUCUCCUCCUUUACAACCCAGAGAUUCGGCAUCCCCUUCAACCUCGUCCUUCUGCCUGGGGGUUUCAGUAGCUGCUUCCAGCCACGUACCGAUACAGAAGAAGCUGCGUUUUGAAGACACCCUGGAAUUUGUAGGGUUUGAUGCGAAGAUGGCUGAGGAAUCUUCCUCCUCCUCCUCCUCAUCUUCACCAACUGCUGCAACAUCUCAGCAGCAGCAACUUAAAAAUAAGAGUAUAUUAAUCUCUUCUGUGGCUUCGGUGCAUCAUGCAAACGGCCUAGCCAAAUCUUCUACCACCGUCUCUAGCUUUGCUAACAGCAAGCCUGGCUCUGCUAAGAAGUUAGUGAUCAAGAACUUUAAAGAUAAGCCUAAAUUACCAGAAAACUACACAGAUGAAACAUGGCAGAAACUGAAAGAAGCAGUUGAAGCUAUUCAGAAUAGUACUUCAAUUAAGUACAAUUUAGAAGAACUCUACCAGGCUGUAGAAAAUCUCUGUUCUUACAAGAUUUCUGCAAACUUGUACAAACAGUUGAGACAGAUUUGUGAAGAUCACAUCAAAGCACAGAUUCAUCAGUUCAGAGAGGAUUCAUUGGAUAGUGUUCUUUUUCUAAAGAAGAUCGAUAGAUGCUGGCAAAACCAUUGUAGACAAAUGAUCAUGAUCAGGAGCAUUUUUUUGUUUCUGGAUAGAACUUAUGUUCUUCAGAAUUCAAUGCUACCCUCCAUUUGGGACAUGGGAUUGGAGUUAUUUAGGGCUCAUAUUAUAAGUGACCAGAAAGUCCAGAAUAAGACAAUUGAUGGCAUUCUUCUCUUGAUUGAGAGGGAAAGGAAUGGUGAAGCAAUUGAUAGAAGUUUACUCCGAAGCCUUUUAAGCAUGCUCUCUGAUUUGCAAAUUUAUCAAGAUUCUUUUGAACAACGAUUUUUGGAAGAAACUAACCGGCUCUAUGCAGCUGAAGGCCAAAAAUUAAUGCAAGAAAGAGAGGUUCCUGAAUAUCUUCAUCAUGUUAACAAACGUCUAGAAGAAGAAGCAGACAGACUUAUUACUUACUUAGAUCAGACCACCCAGAAGUCAUUAAUUGCUACUGUAGAAAAACAACUUCUAGGUGAACACUUAACAGCAAUUCUUCAGAAAGGUUUAAAUAACCUCCUUGAUGAAAACCGAAUUCAAGAUUUAUCUCUACUGUAUCAGCUCUUCAGUAGAGUUCGAGGUGGAGUUCAGGUUCUCUUGCAGCAGUGGAUUGAAUACAUCAAGGCCUUUGGCAGCACUAUUGUAAUUAAUCCUGAAAAAGAUAAAACCAUGGUUCAAGAAUUGCUGGAUUUUAAAGAUAAGGUUGACCAUAUAAUUGAUAUCUGUUUUCUGAAGAAUGAAAAAUUUAUCAACGCCAUGAAAGAAGCAUUUGAAACGUUCAUUAACAAAAGACCAAAUAAACCUGCUGAACUUAUAGCCAAGUAUGUAGAUUCAAAGCUUCGUGCAGGCAACAAAGAAGCUACAGAUGAAGAACUUGAGAAAAUGUUGGAUAAAAUUAUGAUUAUAUUUAGAUUUAUCUAUGGCAAGGAUGUUUUUGAGGCCUUCUAUAAGAAAGAUUUAGCCAAGCGCCUGUUAGUUGGGAAAAGUGCAUCUGUAGAUGCUGAAAAAUCAAUGCUGUCCAAACUUAAACAUGAAUGCGGAGCUGCUUUCACCAGCAAACUUGAAGGAAUGUUUAAAGACAUGGAACUUUCUAAAGACAUCAUGAUUCAAUUCAAACAGGUAAAAUAUAUGCAGAAUCAGAAUGUACCUGGGAAUAUUGAAUUAACUGUGAAUAUCCUGACAAUGGGUUACUGGCCAACAUAUGUGCCUAUGGAAGUCCAUUUACCGCCAGAGAUGGUAAAACUUCAGGAGAUUUUCAAGACAUUUUACCUAGGUAAACAUAGUGGCAGAAAACUUCAGUGGCAGUCAACUCUAGGACACUGUGUGCUAAAAGCAGAAUUUAAAGAGGGUAAAAAAGAACUCCAGGUCUCUCUCUUUCAAACACUGGUGCUGCUAAUGUUUAAUGAGGGAGAGGAAUUCAGUUUAGAAGAGAUCAAGCAGGCUACCGGAAUAGAGGAUGGAGAAUUAAGGAGAACUCUGCAGUCAUUAGCCUGUGGCAAAGCUAGAGUUCUGGCAAAAAAUCCAAAGGGCAAAGAUAUCGAAGACGGUGACAAGUUCAUUUGUAAUGAUGAUUUCAAACACAAACUUUUCAGGAUAAAGAUCAAUCAAAUCCAGAUGAAAGAAACGGUUGAGGAACAAGCAAGCACUACAGAAAGAGUAUUUCAAGACAGACAAUAUCAAAUUGAUGCUGCAAUUGUUCGAAUUAUGAAGAUGAGAAAGACGCUUAGCCACAAUCUCCUUGUUUCAGAAGUAUACAACCAGUUGAAGUUUCCAGUAAAGCCUGCUGAUCUUAAGAAGAGAAUAGAAUCCUUAAUUGACCGGGACUACAUGGAAAGAGAUAAAGAAAAUCCAAACCAGUACAACUAUAUUGCAUAGAAUGUUGGCCUUGGAGCAUUUGUUGUCAUAUGCAGUAGCCAGUGGAUAAACUAACCUUUUGAUCCUGUAUUAUUUGACUUCUUUUAUACUACCAAUGACCAAAUGAAGCAGUGUAAUGGCAAUAGUUGAGUGGACUUUUUCUCAGUGGUUAACAUGCCCAUUUUAAAGAGUAAUACUUACCUUUAAGGAGAAUGUUGUUGAACUCUUUGCAUGUUAUUUAGUAUGAUGUGCAGAAAACUCUUAAGAAAGUACUUGGUCUUCGUGAUUCCUCUUUGGACCUGGAGAAGAGGUCCCUGUGGCUAUUAAAAAGGGGGCAGGGGUUCUUAUACACCAUUAAUUAUGAAGCAAAAGGUUUAUUUGCUUAAAAUGUCAUUUAAAGAUCCUUAAACUGCAUGCAAACUUUAUUUACUGUACAGAGUUCUGGAUGUAUUUAUCAAAUAGAAAAACCACCCUUGA